AUGGCAUCAAACAAUUCCGAUGAAUAUACCGAUAGAGCGAGCAUUGGUGAAAGCCUGCUCUGUGAACUCUGCCACAAUCCUUUUAUUGGUCCAGUUGUGACUCAAUGUGGCUAUACUUAUUGUGGUGCAUGUAUUGAACCUAAAAUUAGAAGUGGUUCACAUUGUCCGUCACGGUCGUGUAAUCAAUUAUUGACCACUGCUCAUUUGAUAAUAAACCAUCCUACUAUCUCAAUCACCGAUAACCUUAAAAUACGCUGCCGGUUUUGCGGGGAACCCAAUCUAAACAGACGAACUUUUUAUAAACAUGUCAAGGAGAGUUGUCCUGAACGUCGAAUGGAUUGCUUAGGGAAGGAUGUUGGAUGUCCGUGGUCCGGGCCGAAGAAUGAACAUAGCGAACACAUCCAAAUGUGUUUAUUCGAAAAACUAAGACCGAUGGUUGAUGGAUUAUAUAAGGUUAUUAAAAAGCAAACUUUAGAUAUAGAAGACCUCCAAAAUCAAAUAGUACAACAAAAGGUUCAGGUACAAGAGCAAAUUGCUCAACUGGAACAGACAAUGAAACCUGAGAAGGUUCAACUAGAGCACGCACUGAAACAACAAAAGAUUCAAUUCGAAGAGACAAUAAAACUACAAAAAAUUCAACUGGAAAAUGCUCAAUCAGAAAUUCAGAACCAAAAAAAUGAAAUAGCAUCUAUUCCAAUGCUUGAAGAAGAUAUCAACAAACUGAGAAGAGCAAUACAUGGGUUCAUUAAUAUUUCUGUCAAUGCCACAUGGGUGCAGAAAGGAGUGACUGUUGCUGGAGGCAAAGGGCAAGGCAAUACCACUAAUAAACUCUACUCCCCUCGAGGACUCUUCGUUGAUGAUGAUCAAACAGUAGUCAUUGCUGACAUGUGGAAUCAUCGUAUCAUUCAAUGGAAGAAAGAUGGUACAACGAAUGGACAAAUUGUUGCUGGUGGAAAAGGCCAAGGAAAUGGAUUGAAUCAAUUGAAUAGUCCAACUGAUGUCUUAAUUGACAAAGAGACAGAUAGUCUCAUUAUUUGUGAUUCAGAGAAUCGAAGAGUUGUACGAUGGUCUCGUCGUAAUGGCACAACACAAGGAGAAAUCCUCAUCGACAACAUCGCUUGUUGGGGAUUGGCUUUGGAUGAUCAGAAAUAUCUCUACGUCUCUGAGACCGGAAAACAUGAAGUAAGACGAUAUCAAUUGGGUGAGAAGAAUGGCACUCUCGUGGCUGGUGGAAAUGGUCAAGGUAAUGGUACCAAUCAACUCAGUUCGCCGUCACAUCUCUUUGUUGAUGGACAACAAAAUAUCUACGUUUCAGACUGGAAUAAUCAUCGUGUGAUGAAAUGGACAAAAGAUACAAAAGAAGGCAUUGUGAUUGCUGGAGGACAAGGCAACGGGGAUGCUCCGACACAAUUGUGGUAUCCAAAUGGACUCUUCGUCGAUACAUUGGGUACACUCUAUGUAGCAGACACGUGGAAUAAUCGUGUAAUGCGCUGGACUCAAGGAGCGAAACUAGGCACUUUAAUUGUGGGUGGAAAUAGACAAGGAGCAGGAGCAAAUCAGUUAAAUUACCCCAUUGGCUUGUCUUUCGAUCGACAUGGUAGUCUCUAUGUCGGCGACUAUAAUAAUCAUCGUGUUCAACGAUUUUCUCUCGAAUAA